UGCACGACCCUGUUGUCGCGAGAAACGCGUCAGUGUGUCCCGUUCUUUCCUCUUCUGCGCACCUCGGCCGGGAGCGUGAGAGGGAUCCUUUUCUCUCCCUUCGCCUUUGCCGCCGCCAUGCCGAAGAAUAAAGGUAAGGGAGGUAAAAACAGAAGACGAGGUAAGAAUGAAAAUGAAUCAGAAAAAAGAGAACUAGUGUUCAAAGAAGAUGGACAAGAGUAUGCCCAGGUUAUCAAGAUGUUGGGGAAUGGCAGGCUGGAGGCAUUAUGUUUUGAUGGUGUAAAGAGGUUAUGUCAUAUCAGAGGAAAGUUGAGAAAAAAGGUUUGGAUAAAUACAUCAGAUAUCAUAUUGGUGGGUUUAAGAGACUACCAGGAUAACAAGGCUGAUGUCAUUCUAAAGUAUAAUGCAGAUGAAGCCAGAAGUCUGAAGGCAUAUGGAGAACUUCCAGAGCAUGCCAAAAUUAAUGAAACUGAUACAUUUGGGCCUGGUGAUGAUGAUGAAAUCCAGUUUGAUGAUAUUGGAGAUGAUGAUGAAGACAUUGAUGAUAUCUAAAUGGAACUGCGAAGUAUACAUUCCAACUUCCCACCUCAAGAAUUUUGCUUUAAAGUCCCUAUCUUUAAGAAGACUGAAACUGCAGAGCAUUUGUAGUUACAUGAAACCCAAUGUUUAAGUAUUUAUAUUUCUUUAAAAACAGAUAAUAUUGAACUUGCAAAGUUAAAUGUAAUAUUACAACUAUUUUUUCGCUUUACCAUAAACUUUUACAUCUGUGUAAAUACACCUGCUAUAAAUUUCCAUGUUUGCUCCAUCUGUUUUCACCACUAAACUUCACUAAACCUGUUUCUCAAAAUAAAAAAAAAAUCUUGCCCUAUAUUUAUCAUGGAUUUUGAUUAAAUACAUAUGCAGGUUAGUGUCCAAAUAUGCCAGUGCAGUACUUUUUCCUUAUACCCUUUGAAAUCAGUUUGUAAGAUUUUAACAGACAGGCAGAAGUCUCCAUUAAAAUUAAUGCCUGACUCUGCUUUUCUAAGCUUUAGUUGCAUGUUAUUUUUAUACUGGUUUGAUAUUAAAUUUCUUCUCUUUUACAGAUAGAUUUUCCAUAAGUGGUGAGAAAAUAAAUUUUAAAAGGUUAUAUACAUUUGAACUGCUAUUCUGUAUUUGGUAAUGGUAAAACUCAAAACUAUAGAUGGCACUAAAUUUAAGUUAUUCAUUAAUUUGAAAGAUGUGCGUUGUUCUCCUGUAAUUAAACCUUUCAGAGGGUUCUUUUGCCCUAACAAGAAGGCUUGACCAUGGUAUGCACAAAAUCUGUAUAAUGACUAGAACCUCUUCUCCAGCUCUCUUCACAGGAGGAUGAGAAGGGCUGAUUGAUCCUCCUUCCCCUGGUGCCUCUUCAGAAGUUGCUUAGGAGGUAGUGCACUGGGCUGCAGGGAGAAAGGAGGAGUCUGCAGUGGAUCUCAAUUACUUGCAUAAACAGAAUGGACCCUUCUGUUCAUGGAAGGACAAACUUGGAUCCAAAUCAUUUAGAAUAUUUUUACAUCACAAAAUUUUAUGUUUAAAGAAUAAAAUUUAUUUUAUCUUGAAUAUUAUUCAAAUGAGGUACACUUCUGUAAAGACUUUUGUACACUCUGAAUUGGGGUACAGAAAUCACAUCUCAAGUUUAGAAAAUCUUUAGCAAGUUUUAAAAAAGCAUAAAAUGAGCAUUUCCAGUUUAUGGGAACAUUGCACCUAAAAAAAUCAGUAAAGACUAACAUAAUCCUAUAAAUAUGUAGUUUCUAGAUUGAGUUUGUGUCUCCUUAGUGGUGUAUCUUUCAUUGUCUACUUAAAUGGAUGGUUAAUUACUGUUGAGUGCAACAGAUUCCAUAUGGAAAUUCAGUUAUGCAUCUAUUUUUCUGAGAAAACAGAAACUUCAGAAAUGGAAAUGAAUUCAGCCACAAUUCAGGUACUGUGGAGUUAGCAUCCAUAUAGCGAGUUCUGAGGUUAGGGGUUUGCUAACAGGUGUUAAAGUUCUUAUGAUGCUUGCCUCAUGUGUUUUUGAUAUCAAGCAAUGUCAACUGUUUGAUGAUAUGAAUUUAAUUUGUAUUUUUUAAUUUACAAUGUCUGUUUUCUCAGUUGCACAAAACAUAGUGUGAGAUAGUCUUACUAAUAAACUGAUAUUGCAGGAGUUUAGGGAUAAAACAUUGCUUGGAGCUUUUGAUUUGUAAAAAUGAAACAGGUAGAUUUCCUUUAAUAAACAAGCACACUCUUGCAUACUUUGGUUGUGCAUUACAGCACAGAUACUUGCUUGUAACAUUGUAAUAGACAUAAGAGAGUUAAUACCAGAAGCUCUGCUACUGUAAUGUUUAUAUUAAUUCUAUAAUUAAAGGAAUUGUCUCACUUUAAUAUAUAUAAUACACACGUGCACGCACACACUCAUUUUCUGAACAGCAACACACUUUAAAAAGUGUGUAUAUAGUAGGUCCAGUGAUAACGAGUCAAAUCAUUGGCCCAUUUCUGAUGGAAGUCUUUUUAUUCUGACAAUAGAUCUUAAUACUCGCAAUUCUUUUUUUUUAGCUGUGGAGGUAUUAGGGAUUGAAUCUUGAGCCUUCUGCGUGAAAGAAGUGUGCUUUGCUACUGAUUUCUUGCUUCUGUCUUAAGCUCUACUUCUACCUAUAACUAUGAUUCAAAAGAGUGACUUGCAGUGUAAGGACAGACCUUUAAAGGCAUAUUUUUCAAGACUCUUUUCCAAGAAUCUUGGUUUAGAAAAGCAUGUGAAAUAUUCCAUUUUAUCCUCCAGCAACAUGAGAUCAAUGGGUUGGAUUGAGAGAAUGGGAGUUGCCUGAAGCAAUCCACUGAACAUGGCUUUUAAUCUAUGCCUCCUCCUCCCAAUCUCAAUUUCAACUGUCUUUCAAAUUAUAUUUGUCAGACAUGAGUUGUAGAAUUCCUGUUAAGUUUGUUAAUUUAAAAUGCUCACAUCACUUCUAGGCUUGCAUAGACUGUAAAUGGAUUUUCCUCCUCAUUAACAAGAUGUAAAGUUUGUGCAUGUAUUAACUUCUUACAGUACUUUGAUUUUUAAAGACAUACAUAUAAAAUAUUAAACUGUUUCCUCCUUAAAGGAAAAACUGGUGCCAUGUAAUGCAAUAUGCUGGAAAUGUAUAGUUGCAGACUAUGUACCUAAAUUCAAGUUGUUUAUGGUGGCUUAAUUAAAGAGAUAUGCAAUUCAGUUAAAAUAGCAGUGUUGUCUGAAAUCAGGUAACAACUUCUUAAUGUAUACUUUUCCUUAGUGUCAUCCAGAUUGACAGCCAAAAGAAAAAUGGUGCUCUUAGCAGUAAUAUUUUUUCAGAUGGAGCUGUUAAAGUGAUUCCAAUUAUUAGCUCUCUUACUAACAACCUAAUGACUCAUGUUACUGCUAUGUGCUGUUUAAUACAUGGUUAAUUAUGGUUACACAAUAGCAAGGACACAUGCUGCUGCUUGCACACACUCUGCUUCUGCUUUCCAAAACAAUCCAGAAAUGUCCCAUCCCUGGGUUAUGGUCAUGAUGUACAAACCUGGUACUGCGUUGUUUAUUGUUAAACUCAAUGUUUGAACUGAACAACAAACUAUGUAUUAAAACUCUGGGUUGUUUAGCCCUAAGCCAUAAUGCCAGCUUUGCACAUCACAACAACCCAGGAAGAGUUAUCUUGGGUUGUUUCAGAAUGAGGAGGGCAAAAACUAGCAUGCUUAAACACAAAUGUGCAGACAUGAAAGAGACCAUUUAAAAAAAUAUUUGAUCAGUUGAACUAAGCCAUGUGAAUCUUUUGUUCAUACAUCUAGCCCCUGCAAUCUCUACUGUUACGAAAUAUAGUUAGAUGACAAGUUGUCACAUAGGUUUGAGAACUGUUGGAGUGUGGAGUAUAUGUUUGUGUAGAUGAAUGUCUCCAGUGAAUGGCAGACCCAAUUUAAAUUACUAGCUAGCUCUAACUGUACUUACUCUGAAGAAAAAAUCAGACAUACAGUUUCUUUUAAUAUGACUACAUUUGGCAAGAAGUUAAUUUUUUCUUUUGCUUUGCUUCUCCAAUCUCCUAACUGCAUUUUUUCUGUUUUCAGUUGCUCAUGUGCACCUGUAUUUUGAACUCUUUAAACACUUAGCAUAUUUUAGGGAGGCUGGAUCAAGAUUUGAUUUUAUCCAUCUUUCCUGCAGUUAAGAGACCUGACUUGAAUCAGAGAAAUUCUAGCAGCCACUUAGCCAUUAGACCAUAUCUGCUUCUAAUUGUUGAUUCUAGUGACAAUGUAUGCUGAUUAUUUACUGAUUGAUUGAAACGAUUAAUAGAAAAGAUGAAUUUAUAUAGCUGAGAAAAAUUGUAUGUUUUAGUGUUUGCAGGUAGUUGAGUUUGACUAAGAUAGAAUCAUAGGGUAGGGAGGUCCAAGUAGUUUAAUCUUUCUGAUUUUUGGAGUGGGGGAUAUGUUCCCCUCUCUGGUAAGAACUAUUUAUUGUACUCAUCAAGUGAUUGUGACAACUCUCCAUACAGUGCCAGUAAUUCACAACUUGAGCAGCUGUACUCAUUGCAGCCAAUGUAUGGAGAAGUUACUACACAGAUGCGGUUUCAAGCAGGCUUCAGUACAUCUUAAAAUCCUUAUCAAACUAAUAGAGUAAAAUAUAUACUAAUUUACUAACAAGAGCCCAAUUGGAAUAUUGAAAUUUCAGAUUGGAGUUUCCAGGGGUUUGACACCUGUGCUUCUAUUUUAGAUUUGGCUUCUUUUAUCUUGUUUAACUACUGGAAGAUUUAAAUAUUUUUACUUUAAAAAUUAAAGCAUCUUAAUUCUAGUGGGUUUGCAAAGGUUGGUCAUCAGGGGCAUGGUUCUGCCAUGCUAUAGAAUGUGGACUUUCUUAUAUUCUUAUGAACAAUCUCCAUCAGCAAGAUCUGUUUUAUGAAUGGCCAUUGUUAAUAAUGUGAUUGUCACUUAUUACCUUGUGCAUUUCACUUUCCUUUGAGCUCACUGUAUAAUCUUUAGCUCGUGAUAAGAGUUAAUUCAUUUGAAGUGGAAGUCCAUGAAAACUUAUGGUAUAAUAAAUUUGCUAAAAGUU